AUGAGUAACAAAGGCGGUGUUGAUAGCAAAGGUGGUGGUAAUGAGAGAAAAGAAGAGGAAGAGGAAGAAGAAGUGGAAGGAGAAAAAGAAGGAGGAGCAGGAGGCGGAGGGGGAGGAGGUGGAAGAAAAGGAGGUGGAGGAGGAGGGGGAGCAGGCGGUGGUGGAGGAGGAGCCAUACCGAGCAGAAUUAUCUCAGACCAAGUUGUUUACCCGUCACCAGCAGUGUCAAUCCAUCAGCAAUCCGUGCGCAUCCGUCCUACAACCUCCCGCAAGUAA